CACGUCUUCUGCUCAAGAUGAGUCGACUGUAUGAUAGCAUAGAGCCCAAUGUAAUCGAUGACGAGAUGCUGCAGAAGGCCGUCGAGGAGCAAGGACCUCAAGAAGAAGCAGGCCUGCUGGCCAAAAGAGGCAUCAAUUUCAAAGAUGUCUUGGCGCUACAGCUUGAUUUUAGAAAUAUCCUGAAGAUUGACAACCUCUGGCAGUUCAAGAACCUGACAAAAUUGCAGUUGGACAACAACAUCAUUGAGAAGAUUGAGGCACUGGAUACUCUGGUUCAUCUGGUCUGGCUGGAUUUGUCCUUCAACAAUAUUGAAGUCAUUGAAGGCUUAGAUGCGCUCGUUAAAUUGCAAGAUCUUAGUCUGUACAACAACAGGAUUUCUAAGAUUGAGAAUCUGGACACGCUCCAAGAACUUCAAGUCUUCUCUAUAGGAAAUAAUAACAUACAAACUCUGGAAAAUGUGAUCUAUCUCAGGCAGUUCCAAAACCUGCGCACGUUGAACCUCACCGGGAACCCAGUGUGCGAAAAUGAAGUAUAUUCCGCAUUCAUCGCCGCUUAUCUCCCCGACCUUGUGUACCUGGAUUUUAGACUGGUAGAUGACAACUCGCGAGAGAUGGCCCUGAUAAAAUACCAGUAUGCCAUCGAGGAGAUGAGACAUGGGGAGACUCUGGCCAUGGCUAAGCAGCAGGUUCUGGAUGCCCAACAGAAACAGGUGGAAUAUCACAAGCGCGCUUACGUGGAGUAUCUGAAUGGAAGCUUCCUCUUUGACAGCAUGUUUGCAGACGAUCCUGAAGCAGCCAAACUGCUCUACCUCCCUGGAGUGCCAGAGCUACUGGAGAUAUACAAGUCUAAAUUUGUGGCCAUUUGCGAGAACCUGUUUGAGUACGGCCUGAAGCAAUACGAGAAGCGAGAGGCUGAGGUCGCCCUCUUCUAUGAGUGCCUCAACGAAGCCCUGGAAGACAACCACCAGCAGUGUUCCAAAAUCCUGCGGGACUUUGAAGAGAAGAAUCAUGGGGUGAUAGAUAUGAUUCAGAACCUCAGCGACAACCAAGUUAUAGAGAUCAAACUGGCUGAAUACAACUAUGAAAUCACAAAGCUCUCGGACGUGCUGAUGACUGAGGAGAUGCUGCUGGUUGAUCAGCUGGAGGAAGUGAUAAAGGAUUUCGAAAGGAACAUCGCUGACCUGGUGUCGAACUUUAUAGAAAACGAACAAGGAAUGAUGGCUCAGUGCCGGGAUCUAGAGAACCAGCACCACGAGAAGCUCCUGGAGAUAUCCGUCAACACACUGGAGAAAAUAGUGAAGAGCGAGUUUGAUGAGGAGAUGCCGGAUGACGUUCGUAUGCUUUUCGUGGACAAAGACACCAUUGUCAACGCCGUCAACGCCUCUCACGACAUUCACCUGCUGAAGAUUGACAACCGAGAAGACGAAAUUAUCACUAAAGCCAAUGGCUGGGCUUCCACACUGGUUGAGAAUGUUCACAAGACUGAAAUUCAAAGAAACCGAAGUCGUGUGUUGGAAAUUAACCAAUACGUUGACCAUCUCCGCAGUGAGCUGGACAACAUGGACAUUCUGGAGACGUAGCUGGCUUUCGACACUGAACUGCCCCUGCCCCCCCAUUUGGGGAUCUGUGACUUUCUGCUUGGGAAGUGAAUCCGCCUGGAGGUCUCCUACCUACUGAAAAGACACCCUAAAAAUAUUCCUUCCUUACUGGAAUGAAUCCUCUGCCCCUCCAACGUUUGAUGAUCAAAACAAGUAGACUAAAGCAGACAGUAAGGCAUUUAAAAGCAAAAGGAGUUGGCUUAAAUUGGUGCCUUGUAGUUAUAAAGCAAUUAUACAGGAAGUG